AUGCCUCGACGGGGCCGCGCCCGCAGUGAAUACGAUGAAGAGAGCAUGUACGAAGUGGAGCGCGAUGUGCACCCACGACGGAGAAGAGAUGAGCGACUUUUCGAAGAAGAUAUCCGGCACAAACGUCGUGGACCCGAUAUGACCCCCCUUGAGAAGCUUGAGCGUAUGCAUCUUCAAGCACAGCGCGGUCCUGAGAUUGCCCGUGAGGCUCACGAUUAUCCUCGGGAAUUGACACCGGCGCCAAUGCCACCACGACGCGAACCAGAAGAUUUCGAUUUACCCCCGCGGGAAAGAUUGCGCGCGCUUGGAAGAGAUGACGCCUCGAGCCGUCGCGGAAGACCACGUCCCAGGGAGUUGGAUAUGGAGGAAGAAAUUGUCUUUCGCGAGGAGUCAGAUAGAGAAUACACUGAUAGUGAGUCAGAUGGGGAUAUGGUUGUUGUACCCAGGAAGGAACGGCUGCUGCGUCGACGAGAGCUCGACCUUCCGGACGAGCCUAAACCCCGCAGUAAGAGUCUGCUGGAGGAUAGCAGGCUGCGAGAAAUGGAAUUCGAGCGUGAUGAGUUGUCUAGAAAAGAAGAAUUGAAUGGGCCUCACAGGAGACAUCGGAGUGGGCCGUUCUAUGCAAGAUCCUCGCACUCACGGCAUCGACACAGGUUUCAUCGACACAAGAACCUCGAGGAUGCCGAUGAUGAGCUGGACGAGGAAGUUGACAAGAAGAUCUUGUUCCGAGAAGCCAGAAAGCGAAGGCCCGGCAGAAGUGUUGAGGAAGAAGAUAUUAUUUUCGAGAGUCGAGAAAGGUCGUCGUCUCCGGAGAUGACAGUUCCCAGGGCGCCGUCACCGGUUGACAUGCCCCCUGUGCGCGAGAAACAUAUGCGCGAGAUUCUUCCACCUCGAGCUCCUAGCCCCGAUAUCGAAUUCAUGGAGCCAGAGCCUCGCCAUCGUGAACGAGGACGGAAAUCCAAGUCAGAGGAAGAAAUAUUCAUUGUACGGCGGGAAGAGAAGGAAGUUCCUCCCCCAGCCCCUGUCCCAGCUCGUCGCCUUUCGCCAGAGCCAUACAGACGAGAGAGACCUAUUCCAACCGAGCCACCUAAGCCGCGGUCACUGGAACGCGAAAAGGAUAUGUUAACCUUAGUACGCCGGGAUGGAAGCCGAGAAUCACUUGAGGAAGAAGAAAUCAUCCAAGAGGACUCUUACGGACCUCCCGGUCGCCGUCCCCUCCUCAGGAAGGAUGUCAAAGCCAUGGAAGAAAUGGAUAUCGCAAGAGGACCCCCCAGGCCAAAGCCCUUAGCCAGGACUGAGAUAGUAACCCAAGAAAUCAAGCCUCCACGAUAUGCAGAUCGUGAGUCCAAGCUUGUCAUAAAUGACGUGAGAGAGUCUGACGAUGAACCCGACCGACAACCUGGGAAAAUAGGACGACGCUACGUUGGCAUCAAGGACCGUCGAGAAAACCUCUGGACUGAGAUCACCAAGGACCUGGUCGGCGAUGUGGAUGCACUCAUCGAGCGCUCGGAAGAAAUUCGGCGUGCACGCCGCCGACGGAUCCUGGAGAUCCACCGCGAGCGAGAGUCCAUGCCUCCUGCCCCCUCUCGGCCUCCUCCGUUAAUGCCAUUGCCUGCAGCGGAGAAAGCACCCCCCCUGCUUCUGGACCACCACCCCCCUCCUCCCCCUCCACGCUUCUUCCGGGAUGAGCGGAGAAAGAAAGAGCGGGAUUUGGCCGUCGAGGGCGGCCGCCGGAGGCCCCCUCCGCGCUCGGAGUGGUGGUAA